AUGGGCUUCGCUGACCUUCUCACUGAUGCUGGUGCUGCCAUCAGUGCUGAACAGCUGGCUCACCACCCGCUCCUACAUCGUUGGGUAAGCUCAUUCCUCUGCUUGAAUCGCCUCGCACUCUUCAAGUCUCCUUUCCUCCAAUCCCCUCGGCAUCAACAUGAUGAGAAACAUUGCCACUCUCCUUCCCAGGCCGAUGUUGCCGUCUACAAGGCUCUUCAGUCUUCUCCCAACGCUGAGAAGUACCCCCACGCCGCCAGAUGGUACAAGCACAUCUCCACCUACGAGAGCGAGUUCGCCACUCUCCCUGGUGAUGCCUCCAAGGCCUACUCCGUGUACGGCCCUGAGGCCAGCGAGCUCCCCGUGAACCCCGCCAAGGCCCCUGCUGCCGAGGAGGAGGACGACGAUGUCGACCUGUUCGGUUCUGACGAGGAGGAGGACGCUGAGGCUGCCCGUGUCCGUGAGGAGCGUCUUGCUGAGUACAAGAAGAAGAAGGAGGCCAAGCCUAAGACCAUUGCCAAGUCCGUUGUCACCCUGGACGUCAAGCCCUGGGAUGACGAGACUGACAUGGCUGCUCUUGAGUCCUCUGUCCGUGGCAUUGAGAAGGACGGUCUCGUUUGGGGUGCCUCCAAGCUUGUCCCUGUCGGUUUCGGUGUCAAGAAGCUCCAGAUCAACCUUGUCGUUGAGGACGAGAAGGUCUCUCUGGACGAGCUCCAGGAGGAGAUCCAGGAGUUCGAGGACUACGUUCAGUCCUCUGACGUUGUUGCCAUGCAGAAGCUGUAA